GUUUUUAUUGUUUUCAAAAAUGUAUAUUUAUUAUAUGGUAACACAUGCAAUAAUGUUUUGAAAAAUCGUAUUUUCUACACGCAAAUCAUGUCAAAUUUCCAUUAGCUUGGUAUGUUGCAAACUUGUUGUAAACAUAGUGGAGUUGACUGGUGCGCUUAACUAUUUGAGGUUAAAUUUUAUUUUUAGUCUUUAAACAAGCAAAUUUAUGAAAUGAAUAUUUUAGGGCGGUGCUGUGUCGGGCUAUUGCGUCAAACAAAAGAGUUUACAACAACAUCCAACUUAUCUUCAUUCAAGAGUUCGUUGUCGCUCAGCAAUUUGUACCCCAAUAGCAGCCUGAAGCUGACAACGCCAACAAAGGUUCCAGAUGAUCCGAACUGUGAAUUUUCUGGCUAUAUACCAAUCGAGGAGCUGGAGGUGACCUACAGCAGGAGCAGUGGUCCGGGCGGCCAGAACGUUAACAUGGUCAACACCAAAGUAGACCUGCGCUUCCACGUCGCGUCCGCUAAGUGGAUAAGUGAAAACAUCAAGGCCAGGAUCAAGGAUGAGCACAAGACGAAGAUCAACAAGGAGGGCUACCUGAUAAUACGGUCCGACAAGACACGGCUGCAGCAGCUGAACCUGGCCGACGCCCUGGAGAGGCUACGCACGCUCGUGCGUGCGGCAGCCGAACCAAGCCCACAGCCCACGCCCGAGUCCGAGGAGGUGCUCAGGAGAAGACGAGAAAAAAGUGCCCGCUUGAGGUUGAUGCAGAAGAGGUUCCACUCGCAGACAAAGCAGCAGCGUCAGGCCCCGACUGUGGACUUCUAGUUUCACGUGGUGUGCAACGAAAAUUUAUAUAAUAUCACAAGAUUUCAUAAACUCAAUUAUAAUAUUAGUGUUAACUUGGAUUUUUUUUUAAUAUAGUGCAUUAAAAAACAGUAAAAUGAA